CUCCAUCAACACCUGCGGCGCCGCACGCCACACCCACCGCCGCGCCGCCACCCCCAGCCCCCCACCCCCACCCCCACCCGCCCCCACACCCACACCCACACCCACACCCACACCCACACCCACACCCACACCCACACCCUACGUCUCCGUAAGGGAAAAAAGUAGAUCCAAAGAUCUGAUUGUUCUUCUUUCUACUCGGUACUUCAGAAGUACAUUUGUUUCUCAUUGAUGAGGGGUCAAAAAAAGCGAUAUUUUCUUUGACAUCCAUUCUGACUGACUCUAAAUCAAAACAAAAACAAACACGUUCAGAAAAGCAAGCUCGAAAAGCAUUGGCAAAACUUGGUUUACGUCCAGUUGAGAAAAUUCUUCGUGUUACAAGUCGAAAAUCUAAGAAUAUGUUAUUUUUUAUACAAAAUCCCGAUGUUUAUAAAAGUCCAUCAUCAGAUACUUACAUCGUUUUUCGUGAAGCUAAAAUUGACGAUCUUUCACAAAGAGCACAAAUUGCUGCUGCUAAUCAAUUUUAA